AUUGUGCGUGACUCAGCUACAUAUUUUCCAUGGGUGUUCCCUCGCUUUUCGCCUGGCGCCCUGUUGAGUGAUCCUCUGCGCCCGCCUAAGCACUUGUACGUUGGGCACAUCUCCAUAAGCAGGGAACCCGCGCUCACUGUGCUGUCAGGAUCACCUGUGCACAGGCAAUAAAGAGGAGCACGGAAACACUUUCUAAUGGAAGGGGCUCCAAUGUUUGAAGGGGACAAUGAAAUGUCCUUUGAGGACAGCGAUUCUCCCUUCCCAUCUCCAUUACGUCUGACCCCGCCAGGGCACCAUGGGGGGUAUGACCUGGAGCAGAGGCGGCAGGAGGAGGAAGAGGAACAGCCUGUCCAGAACUUCAUCGUCCGUGCUGACCCUGAGGCUGCACUAAAUUACAACACCAAUGCAACAACCAGAGGAGAUUCUCAGGCCUAUGUGGAGCUAAAUGAGCUUAAGGGUGGAAUCUGGCAGGAGACAGGACGAUGGGCAGGCUACGAGGAGAGCUACAACCCGGCCUCCAGGAAGUGGGAGUCCUCCCACAUCCCCUACCUGACCUUCAAAAGCCUGAUCCAGCUCCGCAAGGCCAUGAGCAGCGGUGCUAUAAUCCUGGACCUUGACGAGAGCAGCUUUUCUGGUAUAGUGGAAAAGGUUGUGGAUGAGCUGUUGAAUAAGGGGGAAAUACGUCCCAACGACCGCGAACCCCUGCUGAAUGCGUUGCGCCAGAAACGCAGUCAACAGAACACUGGCGAACCUGGCGGAGACAUUGAAAUGCAGACCUUCUCCGUGACAAAGCAGCGAGACACGGCUCAGGCUAUGGAGGCUUCUGUUGUUCUCUCAGGAGCUUUGGACACUCUGCAGAAACCAGCUGUGGCCUUUGCCAGGUUGAAGGACUCAAUGGUGAUGGACUCCGUCCUGGAGUCUCCGGUGCCGGUGCGCUUCAUGUUUGUGCUCGUGGGGCCGAGCCAGAGCGGGCUGGACUUCCAUGAGAGCGGACGUGCCAUGGCCACGCUAAUGGCCGACUGGGUAUUCAGCCUGGAAGCAUACCUGGCACAGAGUGACAAGGAGAUCACCAAUGCCAUCGCUGAUUUCAUGGACUGCAGCAUUGUGAUCCCUCCCACUGAGAUCCAAGAUGAUGCCAUGCUGGGGCCAAUCAUUGGCUUUCAGCAGAAGUUGCUGCAGGACCGACUCCGCCCGACUGACACUAGAAUUUACUUUGGAGAUAGGCCAGGUACAAGUGGUCCUGAGGAGCCUCGUGAGGACCCCCUGGCCCGUACAGGGGUUCCGUUUGGGGGAAUGAUAAAGGACAUCAAGCGCCGCUACCGCCACUACAUCAGCGACUUCACAGACGCCCUGAAUCCCCAAGUCCUGGCUGCCGUCAUCUUCAUCUACUUUGCUGCCCUGUCUCCUGCUAUCACCUUUGGAGGUCUUCUGGCUGACAAGACAGAGCACAUGAUGGGUGUGUCGGAGCUGAUGAUCUCCACCUGCGUGCAGGGCGUGUUCUUUUGCCUGCUGGCCGCUCAGCCUGUCCUGGUCAUUGGGUUCACUGGACCUUUGUUGGUGUUUGAGGAAGCUUUCUUUGAGUUCUGCAAGUCCCAAGGCAUGGAGUAUAUAGUGGGCCGCAUCUGGGUGGGGAUGUGGCUGAUUCUGAUUGUGGUGAUCAUUGUGGCCGUGGAAGGCAGCUUCCUGGUCAAGUUCAUCUCACGCUUCACCCAGGAGAUCUUCUCCAUCCUCAUCUCCCUCAUCUUCAUCUACGAAACCUUUUCCAAGCUCAUAAGGAUUUUCAAAACUCACCCACUGGUUCUGAACUAUGAGCAUCUGAACGCGACCCUGCCAGACCCCUUCCACCUUGUUGUUGUAGAAAAAAACAUCACACAUGAUGAUGGAAAUGUCACUUUUGUCCAUCACCAUAAAGAGCGUGCCUACCCCAACACGGCUCUGCUCUCCAUGUGUCUUAUGUUUGGAUGCUUUUUCAUCGCCUACUUCCUGCGAAUGUUCAAGACUGGAGUCUUCUUUCCAGGCUGGCUGCGUCGCAUGAUUGGAGACUUUGGUGUGCCCAUUUCAAUUUUCAUCAUGAUUGCUAUAGACAUCACUAUCGAAGAUGCCUACACCCAGAAACUGGUGGUGCCCAAAGGUCUGACUGUGUCUAACACUUCAGCCAGGGGCUGGUUUAUCAACCCCAUGGGUGAGAAGAAGCCCUUCCCUGUUUGGAUGAUGAUAGCUUCCGCUGGUCCAGCUCUCUUGGUCUUUAUCCUGAUCUUCUUGGAGUCCCAGAUCACCACGCUGAUUGUAAGCAAACCCGAGAGGAAAAUGGUAAAGGGGUCAGGAUUCCACUUUGACCUCCUCCUGCUUGUGGCCAUGGGGGGAGCAGCGUCCCUUAUUGGUGUCCCCUGGCUCAGUGCUGCCACUGUGCGCUCUGUGACGCAUGCCAACGCCCUUACCGUCAUGACCAAGGGUACCAAACCAGAGAUAGAGAAGGUCUUGGAGCAGAGGAUUAGUGGCAUGUUGGUUGCCAUGUUGGUUGGUGUAUCAAUUCUCAUGGAGCCACUCCUGAAGAUGAUUCCCAUGACAGCUCUGUUUGGUAUUUUCCUGUACAUGGGUAUUACAUCCCUGUCAGGCAUCCAGCUUUGGGACCGAAUGUUGCUCCUGAUUGUACCAAAGAAGUACCACCCCAAUAUGCCCUUUGCUACCAUGGUGCCCACCCCGAAGAUGCAUUUGUUCACACUAAUCCAAGUUGUUUGCCUGGGCGUCUUGUGGGCAGUGAAGUCCAGCCGUGCCUCUCUGGCCCUGCCCUUCGUCCUCAUCCUGACCAUCCCGCUCCGUAUGUUGAUGACUGGACGCCUCUUCACUGUCAGGGAGAUGAAAUGCCUGGAUGCUGAUGAUGCCAAGGUGGUGCUGGAGGAAGAGCCAGGAGUAGAUGUGUAUACGGAGUCCCCGAUGCCCUGAGAGUCCCAACAGAAACACACUAGGGAGCUUUACCUGGCUGUCUCUCAGUGAACAUCACCAUUGACAACAGCCAGAAUUUUUGUUUCGACUCAACACAUUCGUCAACAAAUAGUGUAGCAACAUCCUGCCAACUAACAUAUGUCAAUUUAUCAAGGGAAAUUAGAACAUUAUACAUGUUAUAGAAACUCUCAGGUAAGGACUUGGCCUUCAUGUCAUUAUUAUUGACUGCCAUCAAUGGGACCAAAAACCUUUAUAUGUCAAAGCAGUGUCUUAAACCCCUCAUGCUCUUUACUUGUGUGAAAUAGAGAUUCAGUUUAAAUUCUAUGCUGACAGCAGGUCUUACAAAAUUGACACCAGAUCCUCACAUUCUGUUGUGUAUCAGAUAUGAGAAAACUAUUUGAAUGCUUUAGUGUAUUUUUAAUUCAGGUGAGCUUUGCUUUAUGUUAUGUUACAUACCAUAUAUUAGUUUAGUUAUACAUUAAGAGUGGUGUUCUGGCUGGGAGAUUGCAUUUGGAGCCAUAGCGUGAUUGCCAAUAAAUAAGAUCAGUGUUGAAUGAAAUGUUUAGGUUACACUUUAAGAUGUCACUGUUAUUUUAAUAUAGCUUUAGCCUGUGUAUGGAUACAGUUCUAGGGAUAUGCCUUAGUAGAUCUUAUCUGUAAAUACCUCUAAUUAAAAACUCAAAAGUGUUUGUCUUGCAUCUCCAUCAGAUCAUUACCAAGUAUGACUGAUAUACAUUUACUCUGUAUUUUCUACCAGUGUGCUGAUCAUUGACUGUUGCCCGAGUUACCAUUAAAAUGACAUGAAAACCUA